AUGAUUAGAUUUGAGAAAGAUGGUUGCCAGAAUUUUUUUCCAGUAACAUUGGCGAGUGUGCGUUACAAUCCGAAAUUACGAGAAACGUUUUUCGAGCAGGCAUUUGAUCAGCACAUUCUCAUUGGGCUGGGAGAUGCUGCUAAAGUAUAUGCAGUAAGAUCUUGCGAUGACGGUAAAUAUUAUGCAGUUAAAAAGAUGGCAGGGUAUCACAGCACUAGCUCUCCCGUUUUUCAAGAGAUUAAAUACCACGAAAGGCUUGGUUAUCAUCCAAAUAUAGUACAUAUGGUUCGAGCAUGGGGUCAGGACGGUCGAGUUUAUAUGCAGUUUGAACUGUGCGUUUCAGUUAAGAUCGAUAAAGAAGAUUUAUGGCUUAUUUUUGCUGAUCUUGGAAUCAAUUACAUGCAUUCACUUAAUCUUAUCCACGUGGAUUUGAAAUUAGAAAAUAUUAUGGUAACCAAAAAUAAAGUUUUUAAAUUGGGCGAUUUUGGCUUGGCUUUCCAUUUGCAAGAGUCGGAUUACGACAAAUUCGAAGUAGGCGAUGCUCGGUAUGCUCCAUCCUGUAACGUUGGUCCCUCAAAGGCUUACGAUAUUUUUGCCCUGGGAAUGUGCAUGUUUGAGUUAGCUACCGAUUUUUGUCUACCUAGUGAUGGAGGCAGAUGGAGUGACUUAAGGAAGCAGAAUAAUUUGGUGAAAUUAAUCCUUUGGUGUUUGAAAAACGAUCCGAAAGAACGACCAACAAUUGAACAGCUUGCUAGUCUUAAACAUUUUAGUAUGGUCCUACAAAUUAUCUUGAUUUAUCGGCUUUUGAUCUGGAAAAUUCGAAAAUUGAGAAUUUCGCAGGUAUUACUAUAUUUGUUAAAGUAUUUUUUUCUAAUGGGAUUUGGGAAUGAAAUUUUUCAAAAUUCCCAAAAAUUUUUUUAG